ACAUGCCCUUGGCCUCCAUGUUAUGUGUCUCAAACAUCACACAAUCUCUCUCUCUCUCUCUCUCUCUAGAUUGAAGAUGGAGAACAUGGGGGGGAGUCGGGCGAUAGAGCCACUGAUAGUGGGGAGAGUGAUAGGAGAUGUUCUCGAUUUCUUCACACCGUCGAUAAAGAUGACUGUGAGUUACAGCAAGAAGCAGGUCUGCAAUGGCCACGAGCUCCUCCCUUCCUCUCUCUCCUCCGCCCCUAGGGUUCAUAUCCAUGGAGCUGAUCUCAGAUCCUUCUUCACUCUGGUGAUGGUAGACCCAGAUGUUCCAGGUCCUAGUGAUCCCUAUCUGAGGGAGCACCUGCAUUGGAUCGUCACUAACAUCCCCGGCACAACAGAUGCUACAUUUGGGAAAGAGGUGGUGAGCUAUGAAGUGCCUCGACCAAGCAUAGGGAUACACAGGUAUGUGUUCGUGCUGUUCAAGCAGAGACAGAGGCAUGUCGUAACCAGCACUACUAACUCCGUGCCCUCGAGGGAUCACUUCAACACCCGUAGAUUUGUGGCCGAACAUGAUCUCGGCCUCCCUGUCGCGGCCGUCUACUUCAAUGCUCAGCGCGAAACCGCCGCUAGGAGACGCUAACUGUCUGAAAAUAUCGACGGAAUUAUCCAUAUAUGAGAGUCGUUAAUCGAUGUUAUCUAAUUAUCAAGCAACUAUUCGAAUAAAGAUUGACAAACGAUCGAUUAAUGUAAUCCGGUUCUUGAUUCUAGAGACGAAAAAUUAACGUGCAGGAAAUGUGGGA